GACUGCGAAUAUCAUUCAUUGUUGUUCAGUGAGAGAGUGAAGAACAGUAAACAUCGCCCAAACGCAUAUCAAUCCAGAACCUGAAAUCGGAUCAUUUGCACAGCUGCUCUGAAACAACUUGUUGCUUAAAUCGGCAUUUGGUUGAGCUGAAAUACAAUGUCAAUCUUUCCAUCAGUUCACAUUACACCUAUGGAGAAUCGAGCUCCUACAUGUUUAUUAUCUCACUUUGGAAGAGUUGGUAACCUGAAGGUUCUUCCAUUUUCGCGACAUUUUAAAUGUUCAGCUAAUAAUUCUCAUAGAAUCAAUCAAUACUAUAGUAAAGAUCCUUUUCCAGAUUUACGUCCUGAGGUAUUUAUGUUUAAAGGUGAGGGUGGUAGCAAAGUAGUUAAACCUAAUAAAGACAGUUCCAGUGGAAGUAUAACCGAGAAUUUGAUAGAUUCGUUGGAUCUUCAUAAAUAUAAUGGAGCUAAAAUCAAAGUCAUUGGUGUCGGAGGUGGUGGGUCGAAUGCUGUCAAUAGAAUGAUAGAAAGUAAAAUGAAAGGUGUGGAGUUUUGGAUAGUAAACACUGAUGCUCAAGCGAUACGAAUAUCUCCUGCGUUUCCUGAGUACAGAUUACAGAUUGGCCAAGAGCUAACCAGAGGACUUGGUGCUGGUGGAAACCCUGAUAUUGGUAUGAAUGCUGCUAACGAAAGCAAAGAAACGAUACAAAGAGCUGUUUCCAAUGCAGACAUGGUCUUUGUAACGGCUGGGAUGGGAGGAGGAACAGGAACAGGUGGGGCUCCAGUUAUUGCAGGCAUUGCCAAAUCUAUGGGCAUUUUGACUGUUGGCAUCGUGACAACUCCAUUCUCCUUUGAGGGAAGAAGGAGAACCGUACAAGCUCAAGAAGGGAUUGCAGCUUUGAGAGACAAUGUGGAUACACUGAUUGUCAUCCCAAACGACAAGCUGUUGACUGCGGUUUCCCCUUCAACCCCAGUAACUGAAGCAUUUAACCUGGCAGAUGAUAUUCUACGACAAGGCGUUCGUGGAAUCUCCGACAUAAUUACAAUCCCUGGAUUGGUGAAUGUGGACUUUGCUGAUGUGCGAGCUAUCAUGGCAAAUGCAGGCUCAUCAUUGAUGGGCAUAGGAUCUGCAACAGGGAAGAACCGUGCAAGAGAUGCUGCAUUAAGUGCUAUACAGUCACCAUUGUUGGAUAUAGGUAUAGAGAGGGCAACAGGAAUUGUGUGGAAUAUAACUGGAGGCAAUGAUUUAACUUUGUUUGAGGUGAAUGCUGCAGCAGAGGUUAUCUAUGAUCUUGUAGAUCCUAGUGCUAACUUGAUAUUUGGAGCAGUCAUAGAUCCAACAUUAUCUGGUCAAGUUAGCAUAACUCUGAUCGCGACUGGAUUUAAACGACAAGAAGAAACAGAAAGGAGGCCUGCUCAGGCAAAUCAAAUAGACAUGGGAAGACCUUCCAUGUAUGGUGAAGGUGGUAUUUCUGUAGAGAUUCCAGAGUUCUUGAGGAAGAAAGGGAAGUCUCGAUAUCCAAGAGUUUGAAUUUUUCAUUAAGAGUGUCUUAGUAUUCAUCAUCAUCAUAUGAUUUUCUGUUCUGUUCUGUCUGUCCACUUGGACUGUUUGUUGUUAGGGAAUUAGUUCAGGCAAUUAUAUAAGUUUCUAUAUCUUAAGAGCAAAGUGAUGAUAAAAGAAAUCAUCCUGAUAAAAAAAAAGUGCAUGUGUUUUUGGGGAAGAGUUUUAUGGGAUUAUCAAGACAUUAGCGUCGUUAGAGCCCCGUUUGGAUUGAUUGAUAGGUUGUAGGUGUUUGAAUCUUUUACAAUUGUCAACAUUGAGAUUCUAGAAACAUGAUUUGAUGAAAAUAAGAUAUUUAUAUGGGUUAUUAUGA